GUUCCGGCCAGUGAUUAGCAGAAUGACUGAUCCAAACAGCAACACAGACGGUAUGGCUGGCUACUCCGGUAUCACCAGACUAAAUGUAGCUGGCAGUGGGUUACCUCGUCAGACCGUGCUGAAGUCUCCUACUCCUCCAGGCAGACUGACGUCCCUGCGGUCCCGGGACCUGACUCUGGGCGGGUUCAAAAAGAAAACCUUCGUACCCAAUGUCCAUUCUCUGAGGAAGAGUAAAGAUGAGUUAAAGGAAGAGGCCCAUGUUCCACCAAAGAAGGACAGAAGAGUGAGGGAGGAGAGGCACAGGGAGAGGAGAGUGGAGAGAAGAGAGCGCCCCCAUCAGACCAUUCAGUCCCACUCCAUCUUUGAACAGGGUCCUGCAGACACAGUAAAGAAACCAGGGGGGUGGAGAGGGACCGACCUCGGAGACAGCAGAUCCUCUCCUGUAGCGAAGUGUUUUAAGAAGGAGAGACGGGCCUCAGAGGAAAACGAUGAUGAUAUGUUACACAAGCUUCAACGGGAUGAUUUUUUGGAUGAUCCUGGUUUGAAAAAUGAUGCCAAGAACAAGCCGAUUCAACUGCCACUGUAUCAAUCCAGCAACUUCCUGAUUACAGAGGCCACAACUCCACCAUUCAGAGCCCCUGCUACUACUAACCCACACCUGCCCCUUCAGUACGGACCAGGCCAGGGGGUUCUGAGCCCAGACCAGAUCCCUCAGUACGGACCAGGCCAGGGGGUCCUGAGCCCAGACCAGGUCCAUCAGUACGGACCAGGCCAGGGGGUCCUGAGCCCAGACCAGAUCCCUCAGUACGAACCAGGCCAGGGGGUCCUGAGCCCAGACCAGAUCCCUCAGUACGGACCAGGCCAGGGGGUCCUGAGCCCAGACCAGAUCCUUCAGUAUGGACCAGGCCAGGGGGUCCUGAGCCCAGACCAGAUCCCUCAGUACGGACCAGGCCAGGGGGUCCUGAGCCCAGACCAGAUCCCUCAGUACGGACCAGGCCAGGGGGUCCUGAGCCCAGACCAGAUCCCUCAGUACGGACCAGGCCAGGGGGUCCUGAGCCCAGACCAGCUCACUCAGUACGGACCAGGCCAGGGGGUCCUGAGCCCAGACCAGAUCCCUCAGUACGGACCAGGCCAGGGGGUCCUGAGCCCAGACCAGCCCUCUGUAGCAGAUCUCUUCCAUCAGCUGACGGUUUCAGAGACAGAAGAGUUGCUGUUCAUCCAGCUUCCUGAUAUUAUCCCUGGCCAGCCAACCACAGCCACCGGCCAGCCAACCACAGCCACCGGCCAGCCAAUCACAGCCCCAGAAAAAAAUGGUAAAAAAGACUCCAAGUCCGACAGCAAGCGCUGCUCUCACAUUAAAGCACCAGACCCUGCUGGUCAAGACGUUCCUGUCCUGUCAGAGUUCACAGAGGGCUUUCUGGGUAAACUACAGAUCAGGAAGUCUGGCAAGGUGCAGCUGGUGCUGGGAGACAUCACUAUGGACGUCUCAGAGGGAGCUGCCUUCUCUUUCCUACAGCAACUGGUGUCUGUGCGUCUGUCUGAGGGCCUGACUGGAGACAUGAGUAUCCUGGGGAACAUCAAGCACAAGCUGGUCUGCUCUCCAGACUUCCAGGCUCUGCUACCGUCACCUGACCACUCAGCACCUCUCUAACUUAUAUACACUUCACCUUUUUCAGCAUUCAUCUGUAGAUAUUGUACACUUUUAUUAUACGAUGUGAGCAUUAAGUGUGUAGACAUUGUACAGUUUUAUUAUACGAUGUGAGCAUUAAGUGUGUAGACAUUGUACAUAGUUUACUUUCAUCAUACAGCGUUUUAUGGACCUUGUCGAUUUCCUCCCAAUUUGUUUUCACUGUAUAAACAUUGUGUAUAAUAUGAAGUGUCCUUUUUUUUAAUGUACGUAAAUGUUUAUUUAAUAAAGAUUAAAUACAAAACAUGA